ACAGUUUGUGAAGGAUAUAUAGGUCACAAAUCCCUUCUCAAAAUAGAGUAUAUAGUUUCUCUUCUAGUUUUUUUCCAUUUACUUUUCACCAAACCUAAUCCACGCCUCCCUUAUUUUCCCCUCUCAUCUCUUCAGCCGGUCCUAUCUUCUUCAUGUCGAUGUCAAGGUCACACUCUCAAUCUGGUCGAGGAGGAGGUCGUGGCCCAAGUGUCUGCGGCGGACGAAGUAGCUCUCUUCAACGUGGCAUGACACCCCCAACCGCAGAGUCUCCCGCAACCCUUGAGAGCCGUCGCUCUCCGUCUGUGGAUAUUGGGGUUGUUGGGGGAGAUGAAAGGAUGGAAGGGGAAACUACUGCUGAAAAGGAAUUGAACUUCAUAACAUUGGAUGAUUUAGUUGGAAAAAAAUUUGUGCUAGACAAAAUCACUGAAAUCAUACGAAGUAAUUUUCAUGGUCCUUGGAAAACAUACACUGAAAUUCCACAACAAAUUCGUAAUAGAUGGUGGAGCUUGUUUAUGAAUCAACAUUGUUGGGAAGAAAAAAAUGAAACAAUGAAGAAGGCUUUUCACACUCGAUGUUCAAAUUGGCUCAACAAAACUUUGGCCCAUCACCGGAAAGAAAAAACAAGGCCUGAAUUUGUUGCUGAAGGAGAUUGGAAGCAAAUGAUGGAGUAUUGGGGAACUGCAAAAAAAUUUUCUGAAAGAAGUGAAAAAAGCAAAAAAAGUCGGGCCUCUGUGAAAGCAAAAGAAAGACAGUAUCACAGUGGUUCAAUUUCUGUUUCUGAACAUGAAGAGAGAAUGGAGAAGAAAGACAAGAAAAAGCCUAGCAGGAUAGAGGUCUUGAAGCAUUGCUUCACUUCUCAAGAUGGGGAGCCAACUACAUUCGUAUUGGAAAUUGAGACACGUUAUAAUACUAUUAAGAGCCAACAAACUCAAGAGUGCGUUGGAGAUUCUUCCGAAAUAGAUGACAAUGAUGCGUACGUGGAAGCAGCUGGUGGAAUAGUUAAAAAACGUGUGUGCGGAAUGGGUUCUAAAGCAUGGACUAUAUCAUCUGGUUCUUCAGAGAGUCAUGGUGGUGCGGCGAUGAGUUCUAUUCCGGUGCGUUGGAAAAAAGAAAUUGAAAAAGAAGUACAAGCACGUUUGGAGAAACAAAAAGAGGAUAUUUUGGCAGAGGUGAGAAAGGCAAUGGCAGGAAGUGCUACUAUUCCAGGAAAAGAUGGCGCCACGUCCCCUUCGAUGCACCCCAUGUUUCAGAACCCCAUCUCGGGUAAUCAUCCUGCAUUUUUUUAUUCUCCAGCACCAAUGAUGCCUGGAUUUGUUCCCACAAAUCCUAUGAUGAUGCACAUGCGGGGACCAUCUGUUUCAACACCUAGGAGAAGCACCCCCAAUCUUGCUAAUGAAGAAAAUGAUGUGGACUUGUACCUGAAUGAAUCCCCAGGCCUUCAUUGAUGAAAAGCAUUUUGUUUGGUUAAUUAGAACAUUGUUAUGACUUGUAUGUGUUGAAUUACUUAGCUUUAUUUUGCCAAGGCAUGGACUGUUUUUUUUGCAUACAGUGCAUGUUUGCGAAACUUUAUUAUGAUCUAUAUAAUUUUAUUAAUUAUGUGUUUUUUGUUAUUGUAAGCUCUAAAUAAAUAAAAAUUAUACAAAAAAAUUUUAAAAAAAUUAAACGUGUGGG